UACCGGGGGUGGAGGAGGAGAAGCAGGGUCGACUAUUUACACCGCUCAGCCAGAGAGAGGCUGCAGUCCACUUCUCCGUCCUGCACAGUCGGCAUCGAGCAUCCAUAUGACGAACGCACUUUUGGAUUGGGAGCGCAGACUGAGACGGGUCUACUGCUGGAACACUCUUACUGCCUGGAAGACGUUUGAGUUUUAAAACUCUUCCGUAGAUAUAAAUCUGCACGUGUGUAUCAGAGCUCCAUUUACCUCGGGCACUGGAGCAAAAAUCAUUUUAAAACCUCCGAACUCGCCGUUCCUCUCAGGAUAUUCACUUCUGCAAAAUCUGAGACUGCUUCUCUCUGUAAAUAUUUUUAAUUCAUUCACAAACUGCAGCUUUUUCUCCCGCAGGGCGUGCGCAGCGCAGCUGUCUCCUGCUUGCCGGCGCGUCUUUGUCAUUUUAAUAUCACUGUAAUCACCGCGCGUCUGGCUGAGUGUCGCUUUGCAUUUCAGCGCAAACUGACAAACAAUUUUGCAAGAUUAAAGUUGAUUGUGGAACUUUUCUCUUCAUUUUUUCCCUUUGGAUUGAUUUUAUUUGUGCCUUCAUUUUUACCGAGCUCCUUGUUACUGAUUUCUGGAGCAAACCCGAGGAUGUUGUUCCGCUGGUUGAACCUUCCCUCCUGGUCCACCUGUAGGUUUUUCUUUUGCUUUUUGUUGCUGCUUCAAACCCCCCGGUCUUCCUCUCCGCUAAUUACAGGUACUGAGGCCAGCUGUGACAAUGAAGGAGAGGUUCUCCACAUCCCCAACAUCACCGACAAUCCCUGCAUCACAUGUGUCUGUCUGGACGGUAAAGCAGACUGUAAGCAGGAGAAAUGUCCGCUUGUCUCUGAGGACUGUGCUCUGGUGGUGAAACAGACUGGAGCUUGCUGUGAAAGGUGUAAAGGUUGUAUGUUAGAUGGACGAUCUUAUAACAGCUCAGUAUCCUGGACCAGCUCCACGAAACCCUGCAUAACUAAACGCUGUCAGGAAGGUGUCAUCACUGAAGCAGAAGUUCAGUGUGUCAUCCACUGCAAAAACCCCAAAAACCACCCGAAGAAGUGCUGCCCUACCUGCCCCGGUUGUAUCUUUGAGGGUCGUCUAUAUAAAGAGAAGCAGGAGUUCAGUCCAGAAGGCAAACCUUGCAUCAAGUGUUCCUGCACUGGAGGCCGAACUCUCUGCACGAGGGAGGUGUGUCCUGUCCUUUCUUGUCCCUCUCACCUCACCCACACCCCGCUUGGACAGUGUUGUCCCAGAUGUCUCGGUCAGAGGAAGGUAUUUGAUCUCUCUUUAGGAAGCUGUCUUUUCCACAGUGAAGUCUAUGACAAUGGCACCUCCUUUAUACACGACAACUGUACCACCUGCACCUGCCAGAAUUCCACUGUGGUGUGCAAGAAACGCUGCUCGCAGCCAGGAACUUGCCAGGGCAGCCACUGCUGUGAGGAGUGCCUGUCCUAUGUGAAAGUGGAGGAGGUGAAGUACUGCAGAGUCCGGAACAAGAUCUACAGGGAAGGAGACAUGUGGUCAUCAGUUAACUGUACUCUCUGUACUUGCGUUAAAGGCAGCAUUGAGUGUCAGCCCAAAUCAUGUGUACCAAUCAUCAGCUGCCCCCCGAAUAAAAUCCUGAACAGAACUGGCUGCUGCCCAGUUUGCACUGAAAAGCCAGGUGUAUGCACAGUCUUUGGCGACCCGCAUUACAACACCUUUGACGGCAGGACCUUUAACUUUCAGGGUACCUGUCAGUAUGUUCUGACUCGUGAUUGUGGUGGCAUCUCUUCUGGAGGGCCUGGUAAUAAUAUCAACAGCCCAGACUCGAGCUUCACGGUGUUGGUGAAGAAUCACGCUCGAAGGACUCGCUCCUUCUCCUGGACUCAGUCUGUCGAAGUGAGGCUGGGCAGUUUGAUCCUCAGCCUGCACCAGCACCUGACAGUACGGAAGAACGGUACCCGCAUCGCCCUGCCCUACCAUGGACCUGGGGUGCAUGUAGACCUCGACGGGUACCUGCUCAAACUUACCACCAUUGCAGGUCUGGAGAUCACAUGGGACGGUGACAGUUUUGUGGAGGUUGUAGCUGCUCCUCAUCUACGCGGGCGCCUCUGCGGCCUGUGCGGCAACUACAACGGUCACAAGCGCGACGACACCAUGGGAGGUGAUGGCCAGUUCAAGUUUGACGUGGACGAGUUUGCAGAGUCGUGGCGAGUGGAGGGAAAUGAGGUUUGCACUAAACAUCAUCCGCCUCGCAGGCCGACAUCAUUCCUGUGCCCCGGCAGCGUCAAAGUCAAAUUCAGGGCUCACCGUGAGUGUCAGAAGAUAAAGUCGUGGCUUUUUAGUAAGUGCCACAGCGUGGUGGACUUCGGGUCUUUUUACAGGUCGUGUGUGACAGACAUGUGUGAAUGUCCAGUACAUAAAAACUGCUACUGUGAGUCCUUCAUCGCCUACAGCCGAGCCUGUGAGAGGGAAGGUGUGCUCGUCCUUUGGAAGCCUGAAGCUGCUUGUAUGGCCACCCAGUGUAAACAUGAUGCCGUGUACAACACCUGCGGCCCAGGCUGUACCAAAACCUGCGACAACUGGAACGAGAUCGGACCGUGCCGCAAGCCCUGCGUGGCUGGCUGCCACUGCCCUGCCAACCUGGUGAUGUUCCAGGGACGGUGCAUCAAACCCACAGCAUGCCCUGGACGGUGACCCUUGUGAGCCAGGUGGAAGGGGGUUAAAUUAGGGUGGGUCAUCUGAACUGAAACUAAGGGUCCAAACUAGCAAAGAAGAGUUUGGGAAGACACUAAAGGGUCUCAAGUUGACAGAUCAGAUGCAACAAGGUACUCAGGGUCCAUAACUUCACGAGGACGUGCGUUGUCGUGAUUUAGAUGUCAGAGAUCCAAACUUUGGUGACGGACUUAAGGGGAAACUCUGAUGAUCAUCUGAUCAUGGCAUGUUCAAGUUCUGACUUCCGCACGCCUCUUUGCCACACGGAUACUGAUACCAGUAACCACCACAGGAGGUACCAGUUACAGUCUUGCAGAGUAAAAACUGAAAUCUCAAGAGACAACUUAAGUGGCAUUUAGAGAUAUUACUCACCUAUUUCAGGAACUUCAACAUGUUGCCAUGGACCCUCAGGAAAUAGUCCUGGGCCAGAGGAUUCCUCUUAGAGCCAACAUGGUACCUGAGUUUCUCUCACGAACACAUUAAGGUGAACAACAGAGCGUCUGCGUUUGGAAUAGUGAGAUUCAAAGUCGAGAAACUCUCCGAUUCAUCAUAUCAAACUGAACUCAUCAUCUCUAUUUCAUCAUUUCAUAGUGUAAGCUAUCCAGAUUUAUAUGAAAGACAGACAGCUUUUAUAUAAUUAUUGUUCUAAUUAUUAUUAUUGUUGUUAUUAUUUGUUGUUGAUGCUGUUAAUUUAUAUAUCAGUCAAAUGACGUAAUGUCGUAGCAAGAGCCAGAAACAUGAAUAUAAUUGUGUUAUAAAUGAUUUAAAGGGAAACAAAAGCUAUUUAUGUAUUUGUUGUGUACUUUUUUGUUAUUGUUUGAAGAGAAAUGCCCAAAUGUGACUCAGCUGUUGCACCAUCGCAGGGAUUAAGUACUGUACUGUAUUAUGCUCAGUGUACAGGUUGUAGUGUUUAGUAAACUGAAGAUGUUCAUGUAAGCAUAUGUUUCACUUGAUGAUAAUUAUUUAAAACCAGCAAUAUAAUCUUUUCUCAAAG